AUGUUUUCAGCUAGGGAAGUUUGGGACACUAUUCGGCUAAGAUCUGAAGAAGUUAAUUGGGUAGAUAGCGUGUGGUUCCCUCAAUGCAUUCCACGACAUGCUUUCCAUAUGUGGCUGUUAUUAAGGAAGAAACUCAAGACUCACGAAAACAUGAGAUGUUGGGAUGUGGGAGGUGCUGCUACUAAUCAUAAUCUUCUUGUUUGUUCUUUGUGUAAAGCAGGGCCUGAUUCACAUGAGCAUAUGUUCUUUGGAUGCGCGUACUCUUCUCAAGUAUGGCACUUGGUUCGAGACCUCCCGGGUAUGGCUAAUAUAUCAAGUAACUGGAGCGACAUUAUGAAUUGGUUGGAAUCAAAUUCAAAAUCGAAGUCAGCUAGUGCAAUUAUUGGGAAGAUUUGUGUUGCUGCUACGGCGUACUAUAUAUGGCAGGAAAGGAAUCAACGAACAUUUGCAAACAAAGUAAGGACUGCAGCUCAAUUACAAGAUAUUAUUGUUCAAACAAUACGCUAUAGGAUGGUCUCGUUAAGGUUUUAA